AGUAGUGCCGGCAAGGUGGCCCCGCAGUGCCGGCGCAGAGCGAUACGGGGAAGCCGUGUUGUGGCUCCUGCGUCUUGGGGCCCCAGCCGAGAUGCCGCGCUUCGCCUUGACCAUCAUCCGCCAUGGUGAAACAAGACUUAAUAAGGAGAAAAUCAUUCAAGGACAAGGAGUAGAUGAGCCCCUUUCUGAGACUGGGUUUAAGCAAGCAGCUGCUGCUGGUCGGUUUCUGAACAACGUGCAGUUUACACACGCUUUCUCCAGUGACCUCACGAGGACUAAGCAGACCAUAUGUGGCAUUUUGGAGAAAAGCAAAUUUUGCAAAGACAUGGUGGUGAAGUAUGACUGCAGACUUCGAGAAAGGAAGUAUGGGGUCGUAGAAGGCAAGCCACUGAGCGAGAUGAGAGCCUUGGCCAAAGCUGCUGGGGAAGAGUGUCCCAUGUUCGCUCCACCCGGAGGAGAGACACUGGAGCAGGUGAAAAUACGUGCAAAGGAUUUCUUCAAUUUCCUUUGCCAGUACGUCUUGGACGGGACAGGUCAGAGAGAAAACUUCUUCCCCAGAGCUCCAGGCAGCUGUCUGGAGAGCAGUUUGGCAGAGGUAUUCCCUGUAGGAAAACGGGACAGUUUAGAGUUGCAUCCUGAUGGUGGCGCCCCAGGCUUAGCAGCCAAUAUCUUAGUUGUGAGCCAUGGAGCUUACAUGAGAAGCCUCUUUGGUUACCUCAUCAAUGACCUCAAAUGCUCAUUGCCAGCAACACUAGGCAAAGUUGAACUCUCGUCCGUCACUCCCAACACUGGGAUGAGUGUCUUUCUCAUAGACUGCGAGGAAGGACGCGAACCAGCAAUUCAGUGUAUCUGCAUGAACCUUCAGGAGCAUCUGAACGGAAAAUGCUAAGUUUAAAGCCCUUACACUGGGAAGCUUCUGAAGGGAGUGCCUUGGCCGGUUGCUUUUUUGUCCUCUGCUCCUGCUGGUUUAGAAGCAGUUAAUAAUUUGUGUGAUGAAGCCCCACUGGGGUCCUGGCUGUAUCAGGUGAUCGAGGAAACCCACCCAAAGUCAACCUGUUUUUUCUGAGUACACUUGCCAUUUUCGGCAGUAAUUUCGCCACUCUGUUCCAUGUUUCCUAAUUGUUAACGUGUGAGGACAUUCAGCACUGCACAGUCGGGGACUACAACCCCUCUUUCUACAUCAUUUCACUGACCCUUUUGAUGUCUGGAUGAUGGUAUUGCCUUUUCAAGAUAAUUGGAUGCGUUUUCACCAGCUUAUCAAGUGCUUGCAAGAAAGAAUGGUUUGUGUAAUUCACUGCGUAUUUGCAGUGAUUGUGUUACCGUCCAAAGCCCUUAAACUGCAACUUCUUAUUGUCUUCAGUAUGUGUAAUGUAAAAUGAGAAAACACUAAAGCAUCUUUCAUAGAAAUCAGCUCUUGGGUUUUUUUUUAAUUUUUUUUUUUUUUUUUUAUUCUAAAGGCUUCAAAAUACAGAUGAAGGACUGGAGGGACGGGUCAGUGUUUAAGAGUACUUCCUGUUCUCACAGACCCCAGUUCAGAUUGCCUGUUGGGCAGCUCACAACUGCCUGUAACACCAGGGAGCCAAUGCCCCUGGCCUUGUGGGCACUAGCACACACACAAAUAAAGAUGAUAAAAGAGCAUACCACUUGAAGACACGUGAGGGAGCCUCUGAGCAGAAGGCAAAAGCAGUUUUCCAGGCAAACCAGGAAGAAGAUAGCUUAAAUUAUUACAGACUUUCCAGGUGAGGGAUGAGCUAAAAAUAAACCCAGACUAGCAUCCAGAAGAGGUUUGGGGAAAAUGGUUUUCAGAAGGAACAGACGAAGUAGCCUCCUUUCCCCCAGAUGGCGCUAGAGGAAAGGGAUUUUGAUUGCCCCUCAGGAGUCCUAUCUGAGAAAAUGAUUCGCUGCUGAAAAUGCGGGGCUCAGGUCACAGCAUCAGGGAGAGGAACCAGGAGGGGAAAAUGUGGUUGUAACCCUGGACCCUGCUGUCAAGAAGUCUGACUGGAAACAGCUAGCGGGACUGAGUUCUUAUUGAACAGUAGAUACCAAAUAUAAGAUGCCCCAGAAAAACAAAGUUCACCUGCAAGGGAUGCACCAGUCAAGGCCUGUCCCAACCUAACUGUAAAGCACCAGGUCCUUCCCCUGUUGGGACACUUUGUGGAGCUGGUGCCAACACUUUGGAGAUUGGUGACCCAAAACUAAGAGUUUAUUUGGGACCCCAAAUGCAUGUGUACCGUGACUGAAAACAUUCCUAACAUCGGGAGUCCAGAAUGUGGUCCUGUUCCAAGAAACUCAAGGAGUAAUUAAGAAGGUUGCAGAAAGUGUGCCCCGUAGGUGACAAAGAACUUCAGCUCAGAAAUCAUAUUAACAUUUGGGACAAGAAUUGUCACCAGAGACUUGAGUCAAGCCCAGGCUGUGGGCUUUGGUUCUGUUCCCACUCCUGGUGGGACAGCAGGUGUGGCGAGCUGGGUUCAUCCACCGUUUCACACACGGCCGACCCGAGUCCCUGAUAACUCCCUGACAGUUAUUUCUCUUUUACCAGGCUGUAUUUUCCCAUCCCUGUGUCUAGAAGAUAGUGUGUUACAUCUUGAACACGCUAAAAGGAAUAAAAAACUAUAAAAACUGACAGGAAAAAUGCGCAUUGGCUAAACUACCCCAAAGCAGCAUCAAAGUGUUCUUUCGGCGAGAGGGAACCGAGAUUCUUUGCCUUCUCAGUAUUAGCCAUAAAAUAGGAUGUUUUUCAAAAGUCAUCCUUACUCCCACCCUACCGCCACAGGCUACCAGAGGUGAAUUGGCACACAUCUUCCUCCUGCCGAGCUAUGCUCUAACCACCCCCAGCGCCUCUACUCCAACUCAGUCAUAUUCAGCUAUUACAAUUUUUUUUUUUAGCAAUUUCAGGUUUAUGGAAAAACCAUGCAAAAAGUAGGAAGUUCACCUACUCAUCCUCCCUCCAGUUUAUUACCAAAGUCUUACCAUAGUGUGUUUAAAAGAAGUCUGUAUCUGAAUCAAGUCCUACAUGUCAAUUUUGUUACCAUGUUGAUGACUGCACACAUCCUAUCAGGUCAGCAUUUCCUUUGACAUCGGCAUCACAAAGACAGUUCAGUAUUCACGCCAUUCUUGGGUGUGCCCAGCACUACCUGAGUUUUCCGCCAGUGUGGGCCUGUCCUGAAUUUGAGCACUAGAGGAGAGUGGUCUAAAAAUUAGUGGGGUUCCGAGCUGUUGUGUGUUACUCUGUGGCCCUCGAUUCCAUCCUCAGCACUGGGGGGAAAAACCGCAAAGGGCGAGGACCCUGCUCUUUAAAGAAGAGAAAUCCAUCCUCAGCCAGCUCUCCAGGGCUGCCCAGGCACAGGGCGCCAAGUUACGUUCUCUGGUUCUUUCUGCUUCUCCCAGUGUGUAUUGUCCUGACACCUUUCAAAUGUACACAAACACCCAAAUGGAUUCUUCAUUGACCCAUAUUGUUUGGAACACUGUUUGGGAACGUAUGGAUCUAUUUAAUUGUAACCACUCUUCUACUGAAUAAAUAAAGCACCUUUGUUUAU